AUGCCAGGUGGGAUUUCUAUUCGCGAUGAGCUCGAAAAGAUAAAGGAAUCCAACUGGUAUACACCAAAGGCUUACAUAUGUCCUAACAAUCACAUAUACUUCGUAGGAGAAUGUGGCCAAACAAUGCAAAGAUCAAAAUGUCCAACAUGCAGGUGUAACAUUGGGGGUGAACGUCAUAAAGCAGAUGAAGGAAACCGUCCCCUUACUGAUCAAGAAAUCGACGAAUGGGAAGCACAGGACAAAGGCCACAACAUAGGUAAAGCAGGAAGCGAGCGUACUCAUCCAGAAAGACAGCUCACGUUUGUAUCAAGUGCGAUACUAAGGUUCUUCCUACACGCGGCAAUGCUGUUUGGAUGCAAAAGAAAUAGAAAGGAAAUUGAAAGUUUAGUGCGAGGAGGGGCAGAAAAUAUUGAAGACUUCCUAAUGCAACACAUAAACGCUGAUUUAUCCAGAAUACAAAAAGAGCUUGAUCUUUCCCAAGAAGAUACGUACUUGCUUUUACACUGCAUGACCCGAAGAAUAGCAGAAAAUAUAAAUAGUAAAUCGCAUCCAGUUUUGGAUUUGAACACAAAAGAAACAAGAGGGCAGUGGGAGAACAUUUUCUGUGAGACAGUUAUUACACCAGUAACGCAUGCUGGAGGACAACUAGUUGAAAACCUGAAAAUAGAGUUGGUUUCUAAUACGACAGAUGAACAUCAUCUAUUGCAAACAAUUUUAAGAGAGGAAGUAGAUGUGAGUGAAGUCACUCCUGAAAACCUCAUUUCAAGUCCAGCCCUCUGGAAAUACUACAGACCUACAUCCUUCAGGACUUUCCGUGUUCAGUUUGAAGCAUGGAGAAAGGGGACAAAAAGAUGUGCCGUUCUUGAUCUUUACUUGAAAAUGUGUCACGAACUCCAAGUACUGAGAUACCUACCAGAUAUUAUUCAUCUGCAAAAUAUGCUUCUUGGACAAUUAAGCAGAAGAGUAGACUCUGAGUACUUGAAGAAAACGACAAUACGAAAAUAUAUAGAUUCAAUACCAAACGAUGAUGGUAAAAUUGAGCAGGGUGUUAAAUCCUUUCUGCAAGCUUGGUCAGAAAUCAGACUGCAUGUAAAAGAAUACAGAUUUACAAUUCGGAAAAAUCAAAACGGACCGGUCACUACAGUUUUGUUUCCAAAAGAAUAUUGUGAGAAGAAAUUGUCAGAAAAAGAUGCGUUGGGCUUUCUUCUUCCGAUGCAUGAUGGAAUAGGAAUGAUCUCUUUCAUCAUGGUCCAUUAUAUGAUUGAACAUCAAAAUCAGUUUCUUCAGGAGUACUCCAGGAUAUCAGAUACCAGCUUUGCAGCUUGUCCAAAAAUUAGACCACAUGCAGCUACCAAAAAAGAUAUAAUUAUAUGUGAGGAAAAAAGAGACAUUAUGCCUUUGAUUUUAGCUAACACUCACCAUGAUGUUCGAGAAAAAGAAAAACAAAAGAGAUUUGAUUUUGAAUCAUUUGAACGUCAGUUACAAGCUCGGUUUCUUAGUGACAAACCUGGGUUUGAAGAAAAGAAGAUUAAAAUUAUGCGGUUUUCCACAGAAAGAACAGAUAUGAAGAUGUUCGCAAGUUUGAGGAGUAAAAUUGCUCAGGUUCCUCUUAGUGAAGCACAGAUGGCAAUAGUGGAAAGUGAAUACAAUACUGAACCAGCAAUCUGUUCUCUUCUGGAUGGUUUGGACAUAGUCAUUCGUUUUUUGCAAGCAGUUGGUGGAGACCUCUCAGAGAAAAUCUCCAACUAUAUUGUUAAUACUCUUCGCUUCGAGAAAAUUUCCUUGAGAAAUCAGACUCAGCAGAUAUGUUGUUUAAAGCACUGUCAAUGUCUGUGGCUUUUGUUGUCUAUGAAAAGAGCUGAAAAGCAAGUUAAAAUAAAAAAGGAUGGCUUUGAGACUGUGAGUGCAGACUACAAGCACCGACUAAUUGGGAAGCCACGGCAAAAAUUCAUACGAUACCUGGAUUCAUUGAAUAAAAGGAAAGCCAAGUCUCUACAACGUCAAUGGUUUGAUUGUAUCAUGCUUAGAAUCGCUGCUGAGGACGAUGAAGUCGAAGAUGAACAACUCGACUAUCCUAAUAUGAAAUUGAGAGAUGCUCUAUAUGGUCAUAUGGAAACACCGAAGUACAGCGAGCAGUUGUUGGAGAGAGAAAAAGACACCAUUGGAGAUUAUUACUACUCCCUGGAAGAAGAUCUACAAGCAUUUCCAGAGGACGUCGAGGGAAAGCAUUGUAUAGAUGCAUGGACAAUUUUAUUGGACACCAAACUGUGACAUAAUAAAUAAAUGUGGAGGAAAAGUAAAUAUUGCCAGGCCAAAAAUUGAAUGGAAUACUUCUCCAUGAUAAAUUUGUUUUUAAAUGAUUACUGACUUACAUGUGUAUUAGCUUAUAUUUGG